UUCGAAGUGAGCCCAAUGAUGAAACCAACGGCCCUCCUCCUAGCGCUUGCAGCCCUCGUCUCGUCGUCCGAGGUCAUCGUCAAGUUCAGCGACUCGAACCUGGUGAAGGGGUCGCAAGACACGUUGAUUGAAGCGAGCACGAUGUCGCUGGCUCGCCUCGCGGUCGAGUCGCUCGCCCUCCCUCAGGCGGUCGUCAGUCACACGGACGAAUUUUCGGUAGUCGCCGACUUGUUUGCGCACACAAACGCGUUCGGUUUUGUUGUGCUUGAAAACGCUGCAAAAGACUUGAACGUGGAAAGCGGUAACUAUGCGUUCGAAAAAUCGGUCACCUUGCAAGAUGCGACUCUGAGCCAAUUGCCGCAACUUAUCAACGCGAUGGCGGAAGGCCUGAAGCAAAAGAACGCCGAGAACGUCGUUUCAUGCUUUGGGGAAUUCUGCUCCUCAACGAGUGAGUCGCUUCUCACUCCCGUUGCUGCGUCCAAGGAAGACGGGAUCUGGAGUACGCUUGACAUGCUGGAACAUAAAAACGCCGCCGACAAGAAGUUUGUCCAAGAAUUGGCGCACCUCCAUGGCAUCGUGGAAAACCUCCAAGCCCAUCCUCGUGAUGCUCAAACCAAGGGCAUUUUUGUGGCCUCGGUGGCUGGCUUGUCUGAACUGGACACCGGAAAACAAGCAUCCGCACAAGCCGCUGUUGAAAAGUCGGUCGCAGCUUUUCAAUCCGCAUUGAAGACGGCAUAUGGCCCCGUGGGCUUUCAAGUUUUUAAGCUUUCUGGGUCUGUUCAAGUGGACCCGAAGGACUUGACCGCGUUUGUCCGUCAACUCUCUCAACUUGACGUUUCCCUUGCUGCGAACACAACGAAUGGCACCCUGCCAAACCCGCUGACCGUUGAAAGUAUUGCAGAGUACCAAGUGAUCUUGUGGACGUCAGUUCUACUUGUCGUCGUCGCUUUCGUUGCCGUCUCGAUGAUGGGAUCGAUUGAUGCCAGUCGCGACAACCUGCUCUACGCCAAGUUCCUUACCGACCCCAACGGCCGCAAGAACGAUUAAGUCCAUGACAACCGCUUCGCCGCAUGCCCUCGUAGCUUGGCUAAGCGAAAAAGUAUAUUCAUGUCGUUGAGCUGUGUGCGUGCUGACGGUGCUGGACAAUGACCAAGGUGUCGUUGGUAUUGUCGUCGUCGGUGAGGGACGUUCGGAAUGAGAUGCGUCGAAGUCAAUAGUAGUACUACACCUCCCUCUAUAGAAAUUCAAAGG